CUCUCUUGCUUCUCCUCUCGCUUUCCAUACAACUACUCUCAACUGGGACCCCGUUUAUUUCUAUACGUCAAUCACGAGGACAAGCAACAAGCAACGACUGACACCAUGGCACUCACAGACGGUCUGCUCAUCAAGGUGGUGAACAUCAUUGUCUACGCCGUCUCUCUCGGCUCCAAUGUAUAUUCCGUCGCUGGUCCUGAGGAUAUGUACGGCUCCUCUAAAGUGACCUAUGUCACUCCGUCAUCCUGGGCAUUCUGGUUAUGGACUCUCAUUCAUUUACUCCUCCUUGGUACAAUGAUCUUCCAAUUCACCACGCGUGGUCAAGAAAUCAUAGUCGACUCGAUUGCAUGGCGAUUUGCUCUCCUUGGUAUCUUUAACGCCGUUUACGUCUUCUUCUGGGCUAGGCACUGGUACAUCCUCGCUUUCGUCUUGAGCUUGCUCGUAUCCGCGACCGUCAGCCAGAUCUACUUUGUCGUAAAGAAGAAUCAUUCGGCUAGAGAAAGUCUAGCCGAAGAGGCUUUCGUACACUUGCCCUUCUCGCUCUUCCACGGCUGGACUAUCGUUCUCGUCGUCUUGUCGCUUUUUGAAGCCUUUGGUGUCAACGCUCACACUCACUCGGCUGGUAUUUGGACGAAAAUCGCCGUUUUCCUGGCUUUUGUCUUCCUCGAGACCACCGCAGCUGCAUACGCGUUUGCAAGCAAAGAGGGUGAUGCUGCUGGUGCCGCCGCGAUCACCUGGGCUUUGUUUGCUAUCUUCAUUCACCAGACUAGCAGCAAAUUCAUUCAUUGGUCCGCAUUUGCCUUCUUCAUUCUGUCACUCUUUGCUAUCAUCAAGUCCCUCUACACCACGUUACGCGGUUCCGGCAGUGCACUCCAUGACGAAGAGCGAGCCCCACUCGUACCUGGUUCCGGAUGAUUUCCCACCACCUAAGGGUUGUCAUUGACCCUUUCACCCUCAUGCAACGAUAAUCUGGAAGUUAGGUGUUGAUAGCGAUGAUGCGGCCAGCUGUAAAAAAGAACGAGACUCAGAUUUAUGAUGAUCUACGAACCUGUGCAGAGAUGUCAAACAUGUUUGAUCCCAUUUUGU